CCCCGCCGGAGCAGCUCCCCGUGGGAGCCCCGAGCCCCCGACGCCGCCCGUCGCGCCAUGGCGUUCCCGGCCCCCGCGCUGCUCUGCGCGCUGUGCUGCGGCCUCCUGGCCGCGGCCGCCGGCGCCAGCUACUCUAAGGAGCGCUGCAGCUGGAGGGGCAGCGGCCUCACCCAGGAGCCCGGCAGCGUGGGGCAGCUGUCCCUGGCCUGUGCGGAGGGCGCGGUCCAGUGGCUUUACCCGGCUGGGGCGCUGCAUCUGACCCUGGGCGGCUCCGACCCCGGCGUGCGGCCCGGCAUCGCCUGUCUGCGGCCGGCGCGGCCCUUCGCGGGCGCCCAGGUCUUCGCGGAGCGCGCGGGCGGCGCCCUGGAGCUGGUGCUGGCCGAGGGCGCGGGGCCGGCAGGGGGCCGUUGCGUGCGCUGGGGUCCCCGCGAGCGCCGGGCCCUCUUCCUGCAGGCCACGCCGCACCGGGACAUCAGCCGCCGCGUGGCUGCCUUCCGCUUUGAGCUGCGCGAGGACUGGCGCCCCGAGCUGCCCCCGCAGGCCCACGGUCUCGGCGUGGACGGUGCCUGCAGGCCCUGCAGCAAUGCUGAGCUGCUCCUGGUCGCGUGCACCAGUGACUUCGUAAUUCAUGGGACCAUCCACGGGGUCACCCACGAUGCAGAGCUGCAGGAGUCCAUCAUCACCGUGGUGGCCGCCCGUGUCCUCCGCCAGACACUGCCGCUGUUCCGGGUGGGGGGCUCCAGGGACCAGAGGCUGACCUCCAUUCGUACCCCGCUGCACUGCGGCGUCCACCCUGGCCCAGGCACCUUCCUCUUCAUGGGCUGGAGCCGCUUCGGGGAGGCCUGGCUGGGCUGUGCCCCACGAUUCCAGGAGUUCCGCCGUGCCUACGAGGCUGCCCAAACUGCCCACCGCCACCCCUGCGAGGUGGUGCUUCGCUGAGGGAAUGGGCGCAGUGCCAGCUAGACCUCCUCUGGGGCAGGGUGCUGGGGAGGGGCUGGUAGGA